GCCGCGGGGGGAGGUGCCUGAGCCAGAGCGGCCGCCUGCGGUCCGACCCCGUAGGCGCAGAGGGUCCUGUCGGCGGCGCCCGGGAGCGACUAGCUUCCCGAUGCUUCCGCCCUGGCUCCCGCCGGCCGGGCUGUGCGGUUAGGGCCCGGCUCCGGCCCCCUGAGGUGUCCGCGUGGGUGAGGACGGUUUCGGCCCCGCGGAACGGAGCGGCUGGAGCGCGAGGCGGCGGCCGCCGGGAGGAGGAUGGGGGCUAACCAGUUAGUGGUGCUCAACGUGUACGACAUGUACUGGAUGAACGAAUACACCUCUUCCAUCGGAAUUGGAGUUUUUCAUUCAGGAAUUGAAGUAUAUGGCAGAGAAUUUGCUUAUGGUGGCCAUCCUUAUCCCUUUUCUGGAAUAUUUGAAAUUUCCCCAGGAAAUGCUUCUGAACUAGGAGAAACAUUUAAAUUUAAAGAAGCUGUCGUUUUAGGGAGCACUGACUUCCUAGAAGAUGAUAUAGAAAAAAUUGUGGAAGAAUUGGGAAAAGAAUACAAAGGCAAUGCCUAUCAUUUGAUGCAUAAAAAUUGCAAUCACUUUUCUUCGGCUUUAUCAGAGAUUCUCUGUGGGAAAGAGAUUCCUCGCUGGAUCAAUCGGCUUGCCUACUUCAGCUCCUGUAUACCUUUUCUACAGAGUUGCCUCCCAAAGGAGUGGCUCACGCCCGCAGCCCUGCAGUCCAGCGUCAGCCAGGAGCUCCAGGACGAACUGGAGGAGGCAGAGGACGCUGCAGCCUCAGCUUCCAUGGCCAGCACCACCGCAGGCUCCAGACCUGGGCGCCACACCAAACUAUAACUGUCUCCAAAGUCACACAUUCAGGACUGUCUGUGGCAGUUGACUAUCACUAGAGAAAAGUAAAAGAAUAAACGUCCUUUGGAUAUUUUGUAUGCAAAGAUGGCUCUCCCCCAAAUCCCAGUUUUUCAGCUCAGGAUUAUAUUUGUAAUCAAAAACAAAACAAAAAAAAGAAAUCACUUGGCGCAGGAGGGAGAACUUUGUAUGAAGCUGCCCUCUGUUUUUUUUACCCACUUGUAAAUUUGGAUUUACUUCUUCUGUUUUAUACAAGCUCUGUUAAGUUAUGUUUACAGUAUUUUGUAUCACUGUUUACAAAUCUUGCAUGGACUCCUGCCACCAUGAAAGAAGAAAAUCAUGUCUUCAGAACUUAGGCAGGUAAUCUUUGUACACUUCUGACCCUUGCCCGAGCUACGGCACACGUGAUAGGCACAGAGGAAGGUACUCAUGCAGUUAGAGGCACCAUGACCUGCCUGAGAACUGUCUUUCAGGUUUGUCUUUGUUCUUGUCCCCCUUUGGGCACCAGGAUGCACUGAGUGAAGGAGCACACAGCCCUGGGGGCUCAGGACCUUGGUCUGCGUGAGAGGCGCCCGCGGUGCUCCAGCGCGCCUUCCUCUCCAAGUAGCACAUCGCCCAGGGUCCCCGCUGAAAGGUUGCUUUCAUCCCAAAUAUCCGUCCACCUCCAGGGGGUGGUGCACUCUUGUGUCAGUCUGGCUUUGAUGCCUCUGAUUCUGUAAGUAAGAUGUUUUUCGUUAAAGAUAUUCUUGCUGGCAACAAGUGUUUUUGCACAUGCACUGGGGGGGCUUCAUUUUUAUUUUAGUAUGUAUCAGUAUCCUCCCUGCACAGGAUUUUGUACAUGGGGCAGGAGUAUCCUAAGUGGUAGCCUUCUGAGUAGCAGUGUGAGUUGACAUUCAACUGCUUUUAACUGUUCAGGCUACUUUUAUACUACAUCUUGAAAACUAGAGUCUAAACGAACACUUUCUGAAAAAGUGAAUACUUGGAUAUUUUAAGCAUUUUAUGUUCCCUACCAGAAAGACUAUUAGUUUGUUAUGGGAGUAGUUUCACCUCAUAAUAGAAAGCCUAGUCUCAUUGACCUCAUGUGGAAAACACAUAUUUAUGUGUCUUAGACUUCCAUCUUUUUCUGUUCUCCCAAAUGUAUGUGUCUUACAUGACCUACUCUAAAAAUGAAGUUGUCACCCCAGGUAUGUCCUCAUUAGCAAGGAAUCUGUCUGUUCACGUCUACUCCCAGUUUGACCCUUGGAUGUAAGAGCCAAGUCAUUACAUGUCAGAUUCAAUUUUUCUGCCUUAAGAAUGAAUGUCCUAUAUAAAAUAUUGGAUGCAGUGUGUAAAUUAUCCAAGGCAGUGACUUCAGCUUUAUAUAUAUUGUUAGUUUUAAAAUCAUCUACAUUUAUUUAAACUUCUAGAUGGGAUUGUUUGCUAUUACUCUUUGUAAAGAUACAUAUCUUUCAGUAAACUACAUUUUUAACUUUUC